CAACUUUAUAUAACGAAAGUAGAUGCAUCAAACGAAACCGACGAUCUCCUUCCUCCACACAUCUCUCUCUUUAUCUUUUCUAUUUCAUUCUCUGUUCGUUCGAAUCAAACUCAUACACCCCAACCAAAUCAUCUUCUCCAUGGAAGACACUAAAGUUGUUGAAACUAAGGAUGGGACGAUUGCUGUCGCCUCGGCGUUUGCAGGCCAUCAGGAAGUGGUCCAAGAUAGAGACCAUAAGUUUCUAACACGCGCUGUGGAAGAAGCUUACAAAGGAGUGGAAAAUGGAGACGGUGGCCCGUUUGGUGCGGUUGUGGUUCGGAAUGAUGAGAUUGUUGUGAGUUGUCACAACAUGGUUUUGAACCAUACAGACCCGACUGCACACGCAGAGGUCACCGCGGUUAGAGAGGCGUGCAAAAAGCUUAACCGUAUCGAGCUUUCUGAUUGUGAGAUAUACGCCUCGUGUGAGCCCUGCCCUAUGUGCUUCGGCGCCAUUCAUCUUUCAAGAAUUAAGAGGCUGGUUUACGGUGCUAAAGCUGAAGCAGCAAUUGCGAUCGGGUUUGAUGAUUUUAUAGCAGAUGCACUGAGAGGCACUGGUCAUUAUCAGAAAGCUAACUUGGAGAUCAAGAAAGCAGAUGGCAACGGAGCCAUGAUUGCUGAACAAGUAUUUGAGAAAACCAAAGCCAAAUUCUCAAUGUAUUGAUCUCAGAUUCAUAUAAGCUUGCUCAUGAUUUGAUUUAACUGUUUGAUUACUGAACAAUUUCUUGCAUAUUUACCACUCAGAUUAAAAAGGUAUAAAAUCUGAUGUUUCUUCAUUUACUGAUUGAAUAAAAUUUAGAAUUGAUUA